UCGGCGCGGCGCGCUGCUAGCUUGUAGACGUGCGUCUCGUCCGAGAAGGGACUCUUAAACUUUGUUCGACUUCGUCGCUCGAGUAGACGGUACCAGACAGUCUCGUGUUUAAAUUAAAGUUUAUAGGAACUAGAACUUGGUGACAAUUUUAAAAUCACUUCAGUCACUUGAGGAAUAAAAUCUAUACUGUUUCCUGAACUUCUCAGACCUGGUAUUCACAAAUAUUUCUCUUAUAUAUAUUAAGAGUAGCGAGCUCAUCUGACGCCAUCGAGAACGGUGUCACUGACAGGCUUAAAAUGUGAAGGUCACCCUUGAAAAUACACCAUAUCCGUUACGAUAGUAAACAAACGACUGUCAAAAUGGAGCUGGAAGAUGUGGAAAUUUUCGGCAGCGGCAAUUACUCGUACAUUGACAACGGAACAUUUAAUGGGACUUACGAAAACUGUCCGAACAUAAACUUGCCUAUAGUGUCUGUAGUCACGCAGAUCUUAUAUGCACUAGUGUGCGUUAUUGGACUUCUCGGAAACACUCUCGUAAUCUACGUAGUCCUACGCUACUCUAAAAUGCAAACCGUUACAAAUAUGUACAUAGUCAACCUAGCCAUAGCAGAUGAAUGUUUCUUGAUAGGAAUACCAUUCCUGAUUGUAACGAUGUCUCUUCGCUCUUGGCCAUUCGGAAGUUUUAUGUGUAAGGCUUAUAUGAUUUCUACGGGUAUAAAUCAAUUCACUAGUAGCAUAUUCCUUUGUAUUAUGAGUGCUGAUAGAUACAUAGCGGUAUGUCACCCAAUAGCUGCGCCAAGAUUACGCACACCGUUCGUAUCUCGCGUCGUAUCUGCAGCAGCCUGGACUGCUUCAGCUCUGGUCAUGGCUCCAAUAUUCAUGUACACGACUCUCAUAAAAACUGAAAAUAGCUUGUCAUGUAAUAUCGUGUGGCCAGAGAAGGAAUUCAACAAAGGACAAACAUCAUUUACUUUAUAUUCUUUGGCACUCGGUUUCGCGGCACCACUAACACUCAUUUUUGUAUUUUAUUGCCUUGUUAUUCGGAAACUGAAAACAGUUGGACCAAAAAAUAAAUCAAAGGAAAAGAAACGCUCACACCGGAAAGUAACUAAGCUAGUCUUGACUGUCAUUGCAGUAUACGUACUGUGCUGGCUUCCCUACUGGGCUUUUCAAGUUGCCCUGAUUUAUUCCCCACCAACGGAAUGUGCAAGUCGUAUAACAAUAACAGUUUUUCUUGUUGCUGCAUGUUUCAGCUAUAGCAAUUCGGCAAUGAACCCAAUUCUCUAUGCUUUCUUAUCAGACAAUUUUAAGAAAAGCUUUUUGAAAGCGUGCACUUGUGCAGCUGGAAAAGAUGUCAAUGCUACUUUACACGUGGAGAAUAGCAUGAUACCUAGAAAAAAGGGCGGGAGUGCUGCCCGAGCACAAUCUAGAGCUCUAGCAGAAGCCAGGGGUUUGUCGGCUCACGCUGACGGUCCAGGAGGGUCUCGAUCCGAAGCCUCUACUGCUAUAACAUCACGGUCCGUUGCCGCGAGUGAAGCAUUGCACAUGGAUAUUCGGCCUUCUACGCUCACACCACUGAUAGCUCCCAAUGGUCUCUCGCACACGCGUCUCUGAGUGAGGAUCUCGCGCCAUCGCGAGCCUUCCACCACUUUCCUGGACGAGGAUACUUUGAUCGUUUCCAUAGAUUGAAUCAUUAAAGACUGGUUUUAUAAGUGUUGUCUGACAGCUGAGAGACACGAGCCCUGUCCUCUCACCUGUCGGAUCAGUGUUUAGUAUCUACUGUGUAAUAACGAUUAUUGUUACUUGUGGUCCGGUGUAUACGAGAACAUGUUCCUGAUGUGACGCAGUUUAUAAAUAGUUUCUAAUAGUUUCUAUGUUUAUUGUACAGUGCGAUAAAGUGAACAAUUUUUUUUGGCCUAGGGUUGUAACGAAGAAUUUACUAAUAUGUAAGUAGCGUAUCGCAAGGCGAAUAAGUUUUAUGUAAAUCAUAUUGUUUAGUGUAAAAAUGUACAUAUCGUGUAAAUAUUUACAAUAAUAAUGUCAAAGUUCAAUAAAAAUGGAUAUUGUAAGAAAUAAACUUUAUUAUAUAAGCUACCCAAGCUUUUUAUUACA